CGGCUGGGCUGGCGCCGGGGUCGGCCAGCGUGCACCACCGAGACGCUGACUCCUAGAGGGGGCGGAAGUGGCUUCCGGCGGUGGAAGAACAACUUCCGCUCGGGAAGUUUGUAUAAGUCCGAGCGGCUGGAGUGGCGGCGUGGGUGCAGGACCUGGCUGAGGAGGCACUGCUGGGCCAGGAUCCAUCUUCUCUUCCUGCUGGACUCUCCCCGUUACCCUGUCCGUGAUCAUCGUCUCAGCUGUCCAUAGGCAACUUCCAAAUCUGUCUCCAGCUCCAGUGAGAUCCGGACACUUAUGUCCAGCUGCCUACUAAAUAUCAAAAACAGCCAAAGGCUUGUCCUGCCCCAGGGUGAGCUCCUGUAGUCUCCACACCCCCACCCACUGGUUCGCCACGGAGAUUCCUGAGUCCAGCCCAGUUUGUAGCAAACAGUGGAUGCUCAGAUGGGGGAGCUGUUCUUAUUUUUACCGCUGUGAUCGGCUGUUCCUGGGCCCUGUAUCUCCCCAGAGGGGCUGGCCCCUGCUGUUCCAUGGACGUGUCCCAGGACGGCCAGUUCUGGAGCUGUUUGUGUUGCAGGAGAGAGUGACCUUCGAGGACGUGGCUGUAUACUUCUCGAGGGAGGAGUGGGAGUAUCUGGACCCUGGCCAGAGGGCCCUCUACCGGAACGUGAUGCUGGACAACUUCAGGAUCUUGGCCACGCUGGAAGGAUUUUGCAGCCCCAGACCAGACCUCAUCUCUUGCCUACAACAGUGGGAUGAGCCACGGGUUGAGGAUUGGGAGAGACUCGAGUCUCAGAAAGUACCGAGGGGUCCCUACCCAGGGGCAGAGAAAUCCAUUGACCAGAGGAGACACUGUGAUUGGCCAACUUGGGUUUACAAGAAAAUCCACAUUCAAGAAAGAGCUGAGAAAGGAAUUGUUUUUAGGAAGAGCUGUCUGAACUCAGGUAAUGUGCAGCUUCCUAGAAGUGCUUCAGAAAGGAAAGAUGAUAGGCCUGUAGCUUUCCAGUGCAAGGUGCGUGGGAAGUGCCGUGGGCAUCGGCCUGGCCUCAGAAAGCCCCAGAAGCACCAUGCCUCUGAGCUCUCAUUCAUUUGUGGCACGUGCGGGAAGGUACUGAGCUGCCACAGCCGGCUGGUUGCUCACCAGACAGUGCACACGGGGACCAAGUCCUUUGAAUGCUCCGAGUGUGGCCAGACCUUCAGGUGGGUUUCAAACCUUCUGCGCCACCAGAGAAACCACACGUGUGAGAAGCCCUUCUGCUGCGAGGUGUGUGGACAAGCCUUCAGCUUGAAAGAUCGUCUCGCUCAGCACUGCAAAGUCCACACUGAGCAUAGGCCCUACUCGUGUGGUGACUGUGGGAAAGCCUUCAAGCAGAAGUCCAACCUCCUUAGACACCAGCUGGUGCACACUGGGGAGAGGCCUUUCUACUGUCCUGACUGUGGCAAGGCCUUCCGCACCAAGGAGAACCUCAGCCACCACCAGAGGGUUCACAGUGGGGAGAAGCCCUACACUUGUGCCGAGUGUGGCAAGGCCUUCCGGUGGCCCAAGGGCUUUAGCAUCCACCAGAGGCUACACCUGACAAGGAAGUUCUACGAGUGUGACCGCUGUGGAAAAGGCUUCCGCCACCUGGGCUUCUUCACGCGGCAUCAGAGAACUCACAGGCACGGGGAGGUGUAGAGGUGCCAGGUGUGCAGGUUCUGUACCACUCAGAACCGGCAGAGGCAGGUGGAUCGCUGGAGGUCAGGAGUUUGAAACCAGCCUGAGCAAGAGUGAGACCCCGUCUCUACUAA